UUGUGCUGGUGUACCUAAUGUUUUGGCCGAAGCGUGUGGCUAAAAGCCAUUAUGUGUGGCAGUUUCAUCAAUAAUGCAUCAACUUGGAAGGAGACUGACUUCCGAUCAGGCAGUGUAGGUUCAUUUCCCACACGGUGCGAGUGGGAAUUCUUGUAUGGGCUGUGUUUGACUGGUGAUCAGUCCAGAGUUGUAGAAGCCAACUGGGAUCGGUUCCAGCCCAGCGUCACCUUGAAUACGAUAAAGCGGUGACAGAAAAUGGGUGGACACGCAAAUACAUUUGCAAUGUAUGUCAUGUCAUAUCAUUUCCCGAUUUUUGUAUUCAUAGAAACAUUAAAUCCAAAGAGGAAAACAAGCUUGUGGGCUUCCUUUUCAGGCGUAAAAUGUGCUUUUCGUUAAAACAUCAGAGCCCAUCAGGUUCAGUUCAGCCAAUGCAAUGUUUGAAUGUCAUAUAUGUCAGUCGUCGCAGCGCCGCAUGCUGUCGUGCACCUCUGCACCGAGCCCACGCUGGGGGCAGAACCGGCGCUAAUUAAUUGAACGAGGGAACCUGUUGAGGCUUCCCUCCUCGUCUUUGCCAUUAAUCACACUUCAUUUGACGCUGCAAGUUGCUGCUCAGGACUCAAGCACACUUCCCGAGCAGAGGAGCGUCUCACGGCAAAGCAGCAGCAGGAUGUCCAACAACAUGGCCAAGAUUGCGGAUGCGCGAAAGACGGUUGAGCAAUUAAAGCUCGAGGUCAACAUAGAGAGGAUGAUGGUAUCCAAAGCAGCAGCGGAUCUGAUGGCCUAUUGUGAAACUCAUGCCAAAGAUGACCCCCUGGUGACCCCCGUACCGUCCUCAGAGAACCCCUUUAGAGAGAAGAAAAUAUUCUGUGAAAUACUGUAAGACCACUGUGGGCAUUGAUGGAGUAUCAAUGUUUCACAUUUGUUUUAAUACGAACUUCUUUAUUUUCACAACUGCCUCGUUGUGUGUUUUUGUCGCUCUAUGGUACGUAGAUGAAUUUCCAUGUUUGAAGCUGAUAAAGAUGUCAAUAAAGACUUUCUGCAAAAUAAGCGCAAUGCUAAUUUAAAUGAGCCCCUGUCUGUCUUUUACUGUGCACUCAGUGCUAAUUCAGCUUGUACAUUAACUCCAUUCUUUCUUCUCUGGGAUCUUUGUUGGUUUUAUAUUUCCCAGUGAUUGUCACAUCAGGUGAUAAGCAUGUGUACAAUAAGAGCCCACGUUUGCAUACAUGCAAGCCACAUUGUUUGAACAGUGCAACAAAGGUUUC